AUGUCCUGUAUAUUUGCUUACUUAAACUACCAUGUUCCUCGCACAAGACGAGAAAUCUUGGAGACCCUAAUCAAAGGCCUUCAGAGACUGGAGUACAGAGGCUAUGAUUCUGCUGGUGUGGGAGUUGAUGGAGGCAAUGACAAGGAUUGGGAAGCCAAUGCCUGCAAGAUCCAGCUCAUUAAGAAGAAAGGGAAAGUUAAGGCACUGGAUGAAGAAGUUCACAAGCAACAGGAUAUGGAUUUGGAUAUAGAAUUUGAUGUACAUCUUGGAAUAGCUCAUACCCGUUGGGCAACACAUGGAGAACCCAAUCCUGUCAAUAGCCAUCCCCAGCGCUCUGAUAAAAAUAAUGAAUUUAUUGUUAUUCACAAUGGAAUUAUCACCAACUACAAAGACUUGAAAAAGUUUUUGGAAAGCAAAGGCUAUGAUUUUGAAUCUGAAACAGACACAGAGACAAUUGCCAAGCUUGUUAAGUACAUGUAUGACAACCGGGAAAGUCAAGACAUCAGUUUUACUACGUUGGUGGAGAGAGUUAUCCAACAAUUGGAAGGUGCUUUUGCACUGGUAUUUAAAAGUGUUCAUUUUCCUGGCCAAGCAGUUGGCACGAGACGAGGUAGCCCUCUCUUGAUUGGUGUACGAAGUGAACAUAAACUCUCUACUGAUCACAUUCCGAUUCUCUACAGAACAGCUAGGACUCAGAUUGGAUCAAAAUUCUCACGGUGGGGAUCACAGGGAGAAAGAGGGAAGGACAAGAAAGGAAGCUGUAAUCUCUCUCGUGUGGACAGCACAACUUGCCUUUUCCCUGUUGAAGAAAAAGCAGUGGAAUAUUACUUUGCAUCUGAUGCAAGUGCUGUCAUAGAACAUACCAAUCGCGUCAUCUUUCUUGAAGAUGAUGAUGUUGCAGCGGUGGUGGACGGCCGUCUUUCUAUCCAUCGAAUUAAACGAACUGCAGGAGAUCACCCUGGACGAGCUGUGCAAACCCUCCAGAUGGAACUCCAGCAGAUCAUGAAGGGCAACUUCAGUUCAUUUAUGCAGAAGGAAAUUUUUGAGCAGCCAGAGUCCGUCGUAAACACGAUGAGAGGAAGAGUCAACUUUGACGACUAUACUGUGAAUUUGGGCGGUUUGAAGGAUCACAUUAAGGAGAUCCAGAGGUGUCGGCGUUUGAUUCUUAUUGCUUGUGGGACAAGUUAUCAUGCUGGUGUAGCAACACGUCAAGUUCUCGAAGAGCUGACUGAGUUGCCUGUUAUGGUGGAGCUUGCCAGUGAUUUCCUGGAUAGAAACACACCAGUUUUUCGAGAUGAUGUUUGCUUUUUCAUUAGUCAGUCAGGUGAGACAGCAGACACCCUGAUGGGUCUUCGGUACUGUAAGGAGAGAGGAGCUUUAACUGUGGGGAUCACAAACACGGUGGGCAGUUCCAUAUCAAGGGAGACAGACUGUGGAGUUCACAUAAAUGCCGGGCCCGAGAUUGGCGUGGCCAGCACAAAAGCUUACACCAGCCAGUUUGUGUCCCUUGUGAUGUUUGCCCUCAUGAUGUGUGAUGACAGGAUCUCCAUGCAAGAGAGACGCAAAGAGAUCAUGCUUGGAUUGAAGCGGCUGCCUGAUUUGAUCAAGGAAGUAUUGAGCAUGGAUGAUGAAAUUCAGAAACUGGCAACGGAACUUUAUCAUCAGAAGUCAGUCUUGAUAAUGGGACGUGGCUAUCAUUAUGCUACUUGUCUUGAAGGGGCACUAAAAAUCAAAGAAAUCACUUAUAUGCACUCUGAAGGCAUCCUUGCUGGUGAAUUGAAACAUGGCCCUCUGGCUUUGGUGGAUAAGUUGAUGCCUGUCAUCAUGAUUAUCAUGAGAGAUCACACUUACGCCAAGUGUCAGAAUGCUCUUCAGCAGGUGGUUGCAAGGCAGGGACGCCCAGUGGUGAUAUGUGAUAAGGAAGAUACCGAGACCAUUAAGAACACUAACAGAACAAUCAAGGUGCCCCACUCCGUGGACUGCUUGCAGGGCAUUCUCAGUGUGAUCCCCUUACAGUUGCUGGCUUUCCACCUUGCUGUGCUGAGAGGCUAUGAUGUUGAUUUCCCCCGGAACCUUGCCAAAUCUGUAACUGUAGAAUAA